AUGACCCUUGCUGCUCUUUGCGGUAUUGGGCCGGUAAUACGAUGGGCGACUAGUAAGAAGGCGCAGGACGAACAAAAGUUCGAUGGCCGCAUAAUAACGUCAAAGACAGUCGAUACCCCACACAUCAUCGACAACACCCAUCUUGAAUCCUUCAAGACUACCAAAUACACUUACCCUUCCAUUCGGAUAUACAAUCAUCUACACCGCAAAGCAGCUAAACUCCCAUCUAACUUACCACUAAUCGUAUUCCUUCAUGGCCUUGGUGGACAAAUUGGACAAUUCCAGUAUCUGCUGGAGUAUUUUAUCAAUGUUUCACAUGUAUUGGCGAUAGACCUUCCCGGUUGUGGUGGUUCCGAGAUGUUACCGAAGGAGUGGGAGGCAUACUCAACAGCCGCCUUCGCCGAAUUAGUUAGUGUGAUCGUUGAGCGAUAUUUGGAACCCGAACAGCAGUUCAUCGUUGUAGGGCACUCUAUGGGAUGCUCCAUCCUGGCUACACUACUCGGCAGUGGGAACUCCGAAAUUACGGAUCGAUGUGCCGGAUUUGUGGGAAUAUGCCCGAAAGCCGAAUUGUCCGAUAAGGAAAAGAAACAAAGGGAUUUGAUCACGACGUUGCCUCGGAUUGUCUUUGACACUUACAGAUUCUUGGACCGGAGGGGAGGUGUGAACUCGCCCAGUGUCAAGCGUUUUGCGUCACCAUCGUCACCGAAGACAAUACGAGAGUAUCAAUUGCUGAUUAAUGAACGAUCAAGAACGCCGACGGCUUUGAGGGUGCUAAGGGGCUUCCUAACGCCGGACCCAGAGGUGUGGAGGAACAUACAAUGUCCGAUAUUGCUAAUUACUGCGCAACACGAUCAUGCGACGCCACCGGCAAAUGCAGACAUCAUAGCUGGGUACUUUUCUCUGCUAAAUCAGGAACGGAAGAAUAAGUUUAAGCAAGUUGAGUUGCCGGAUGCAGGGCACGGGGUGUUGUACGAGAAGUAUCAUCAUGUGUGCCAUGUCGUUGCCGAGUUCUUCACAAGGUUUGUGAGUGAACAGUUGUCGAUGGCAUGGCAGUUGGAAAUGUUAAAGGAGGGCAAAUGGAUCUUGAAAAAUGAGAAGAAGUGGAUGAUGACUAGUAGUGUUAGUGGGAGGAUUGGGACGAGUAUGUUUAAGGCUAUGAAGACAUUACGGCAGAAUGACCCAAUUCAUAACCCACAGGCAUUCAUCGAAGCGAAUCCUGAUGUGUCGCAUAUCGUCGACAUCUCGUUUGAGGACCCGCCAUAUAUUCCGUCCUCCUUUGAUGGAUCUCACAUCACAUACCACAAGUUCUCGACAAAGUCUAAACUACCCCCAACUCUCGACCAAGUAUCUCUUUUUAUCUCUCUGAUAGACUCGAUUCUUGAAAAGAACCCUCUGCCACCAAACCCUACCACUGGCUUAAUAGCAGUUCAUUGUCAUUAUGGUUUCAAUCGUACUGGACUAUUUAUUUGCUCGUAUUUGAUUGAGAAGCUGGGGUAUUCGGCACAGGAAGCGAUCGAUGCUUUCAAAGAGGCGAGGUAUCCGGGUAUCAGACAUGCACAUUUCAUCGAUGAGUUGUUCGUAAGGUAUGAUAGUGGAUCGGCGGGGAUACGGCGGGCACCGACUUUUUAG